AUGAAUGACACAAGGCAUCAGUCUCUAUUCUUUGUCAGUCUGCCAGAUUUACAAAAACUCUGUGCCACUACAAUAACACUGAGUUCCCAGCUACCAGAAAGUGAGACAAGGAGCACACAGAUAAAAACGUGCAGACAGUUAUUAUUCCUGUAUCAAGACAUCCUUUCUGCACCUGUUAUUGGAACACUAAACCAAAUUUCAGCUGUAAUGGCGAUACCAUUUUACAAAUCAGGAAUAUGUCAAGCCUAUAUAGAGAGACAAGGAGCUACCCUGGAAGAACCGCAAAGAGUUAGUCCAACCAUUCUCCAAAACUGCCUCUCCUACACACUUACAGCCAGACUUGCACCCAUGUGGAACAAGGCUGGUCAUCUCUUGGUGCAAGGUAAAGAUUUUUUGUCUCGUACAGGAAAGCAAAAUGCAGUUGUUCUAGACCUCAAUGUAUCAGAGACACAGCUUUGCAUCAGCGUGGAGGCUUGCUCAAUUCGGUUACCACCCCCUGAGCUGGAAGAUUUUGAUAUUUCAGCAAAUGCCAUAAAGCUGUUUGCCAGCAAUGAAAACACAGUUAUUCACAGACACUCCAUAUUAACUAACUGGUGCUAUGUUUUGCCAAGCAUGAAAAUGGGUCAGAUCAUAAACAUCAGCCAUGUAAUUCCUCCAGAAUCGCCUUUCCGUUCAUAUGAGGAAUUUCAGAUGCACUGGAAGAAUCUGUACGGAUAUAUUCUUCCAGAGGAUCUUGAAGAGAGAAAAAUAUACUUGAGUGUUUACUUCAAGCCUAUAGGGGAAAGGUUCUUUACCUACCCUCUAAGUUGCAUUCGAAGCCAACCAGUGCAGUAUUUUGCUAGAAUGGAUUCAGAAAGUGUGUUGAACUCUUUUAUUUCUGAUCUGAAGUGUAAGUUUUCACAUCUGUGUGGAUUUCCAGUAAAGAUGACAAGCAAGGCACUUUAUGCUACACAGGAACUCUCCAGGGCUCCAGCUUCCAAAAGUGCAUUAACAGACUUGAGGAUCUCUGAGCUUCGUGAACUUUGCUCUGUUUAUUUUGUGUCAUUGCUACCUGUUUCUGGAUGA